CUUGAGGCCUAGAACGUGCUCAAGGUAGCAUUCCGUGGAGGGAACAGGUACGGAUAAGGUUCGCCAUUAAUACUUUAUCAGUCUCAAACGGACCCGGAUGGAGCUGUUUGCUGACGUUCUCUCUGGGUGAUGGAUCUUACAAAACGAGUGUCACUGUGGUCCGUGGAGGAGGUUCUGGAGUGGGUGCAGGAUCAGUAUCCAGCCCACAUGGGCACGCUUCAGAAAGCCAUCAUUAAACACGCUAUAUCAGGCCGUGCGUUGCUGAGACUGAAGGAUCAUCACCUGGAGCUCCUCGGCGUGGAGGAUGAGGAGCAGCAGCAGGAAAUGUUGUCAGACCUCCUCCUCCUCCGAGUUCAAGAAGAAAUUGAUGAACUCAAUGACAUCUGCGAGGAGUGUUUUUCGCCAUAACAGAAAAUAGAUAACUCCAGGAGAAGUGCAGCGUACUUUUUUAUUUCCUGUCCGUCCAUUCAUCCAUGUGAAGGAUGGAAAUAAGAAGAGAAGGUGAAGAGAAAGAAGAAUCAAUGAGGAAGGACGAGAGCGAGAAACCCAUUUCCUGUGUGAAAUUUGAGCGCUGCAGAUGGAUGAGAUUAGUUUUUGUCUGAGCAUCUUUUUUUCUGAUCCCUGCUGUCCAUUCGUCUUUGUCUUUGUCUCUUGAACUCCAGCGGUGUAAUAGGAAAUAUUUUUAGCCAUGUCAGCUUCGUCACCAUGUGGUUGGCCUUUUCUCUGUUUGUCCACUAGCUUGGUCGGGACUGAAAUGCCUCGACAGCAGCAGGAGAACAAGGAGCUUUAAAAAAGCAGCUGUUGUUUAAGGUGUCAGUCCUUGUAUUUUGACUGUUGAACCACAACCAGUGAUUACAUUUCUUAAGUGAAUACCAUUUGCAAAAUUUCUCUCAACAUUUCAUAGAUUUACUUGUUUUUUUAUACUGCUGUAUUUGCUAAUGUGAUGAAGCUGAUGUGAGUGAUAUGGCUGGAAGAAUUAUAACUUGUUAAGUCCUUA